UUUUUUUUCAAAAUCGUGUGUGCAUGUCUGAGUUGAUCGUUGACUUUAAUCUGGACGGCUCGCCAUUCGCGGCAGAAUGGGGACUGUACGGCGUCACUAUCGUGAACUUUCUGGUCAAUCUGGCUGCAGCAUGCUACCUGGUUUACUGGCGCAAGUGGCCGCCCAUCCGCGCAAAGCAGCUCGAUUUCCUGCUGCUCUCAGCCGCCACUGGCUGGAUUUGGCUGAUCGGCGCGUACAGCGCAACGCGAGCUGUUCCACAAGUCGGGGCCAUGCUGUUGUGUAACUUUUGGCAAUUCUGGAUUCAAUUCGCCUUCGGAGCACUGCUAUGGCUUGGCUGCAUCAUUCUCCGAAUGUAUCGGCUCUACGCCAUCUUGAUUGUCACCAACAUGCGCAUGAACAUCAAGAACCCUCGCCUGUGGAUGUAUGCCAGACUGGCGGCCCUGUGCGCUCCCUACUUUAUUUUCGCCACCAUUGCGACAGCGCUCAACGCAACGCCAGUCGUGUCCCAACCCACCUCAGCGGGCGUCAAUGUCGAAAUGUGCUUGAUGGACUCGUGGGCGCUGUACAUGCUUGUCGCGCUUUGCUUUGUCUAUUUGGUCCCUCCUGUGGUCUUGAUGUACAAGCUGCGCAACAUUCGCAAGUUUUUGAACGAAUUCCGCGAGACGAAAUUCGCCUUCUGGUGCAUUGUGACGGGAACCAUCGUCUACGGAUUUGUCACGGUCAUGAGUUGGCACAACAAAGUCUGGGGACGCGUUCUUUGCGUCGCCAUCAUCCUGGUCAUGCUGAAUCUAUCGUACUGGCUCAUCAUUGGCCCGACGAUCGUUGGUCGAUACUUUGACCCUGAUGCCACGCUCGCCAAGUUUAAUGCCGAGAAGGACUACCAUCCGAGUUCCAGUAGCAGCAAGCAGAAUAGUGCGAGCGGCAAAAAGCAUCACUCGUCAUCCAAGAAACCAAUCUCACAUCGAUCGGACAGCUCUUCGAGGCAGCCAUCCGAGGGAAUAACGAGCGGAACAGACGGUACCGAGUUUGAAGUCCGGCUCUCCCAGCACGAGUUUUCCGUUGUUCUCCCGCAAGAAGGCACCUUUGAGGAGUCGAAUGAAGAAGCAUAAACUAUGCGAUAGUUUAUUCUCUUUAGGCAACGUGUCUGUGUUUGCCGAUUCGUCUUAGAUUUUCUAGAUUCUGUUUUUUUUUUGUUGGUCUAACGCUUUUUCGUUUCGGUUUCUCAUCUAUUAACCCAUCUUAUAUCGUAACCGUUGUUGUCAUUGUUGUGUUUCGUGUUUGCAUCGUCCUCAUUUUCCGUUUCGCAAUUCACUAAUCUGAGCUUUUGUGCUGCUCGUUUUGUGUGUUAUUUCGUAUGCUUGAAGUACUCUUGAUUCUCUCAACGCGAACCGUCUACGUUUUGCGUUUGUUUACGAAAGGACUAGUUUUCUCAGAUUUCAAAUCCAAAUCCAGUCUCC